AUGGAAAUUGGAGGCGCAGCGCUGUGCGCUGCCUGGGCGCCCGACGGCGAGCGCUUCGCCGUAGGGCUGGCCUCCAAGGACACCGCUGUUUGCCACUAUGAGCCUCAGGUCACAGCCUGGGUGGCCAGCAAAGUGGGAAAGUCCAAGGCGGCGAUCACCGCUUUGGCGUGGCACCAGUCAUCCCAGUACCUGGCUACCGGCUCAACUGACCGACACCUGCGGGUUUAUGACGUCACCGUCACUGAGGAGGGCCAUGGGCCGGGCUUUAAUGCCUUACAGGUAACAGAGGACGCCAGCGCCUGGGUCAACGCAAUUGCGUUCAGCCGGAGCAACGUGCUGGCCUUUGCCUGUCAGGACGCGACGGUUCGUUUCAAGUCCCUUGCCGGUGGCCCCGAUGCCGCCGUGGAGGUGGUGAGGUGGAAGAGCUUGCCGUUUCUGGACCUGGCCUUUGUCGGCCGCAAUGAGGCACCAACAGCGAGUCCUUUGAUGAAGCUCGGAGACUCCGAAGCCCUCCCGCGAACGUCGGAGCACACCAACACCAUCACCGGCUGCCGCGCCCUGAGUGACGGCCGCUUCUCGACUUCCUCGCUGGAUGGCACGGUUCUGGUGUGGGAACUGUCUGCAUGA